AUGUUCAAGCUAUUCUUCCUUAUCGCGUUGCCUCUAUCGACAGUUUUAGCCGUACCACCUCUUUCCGAGGACAAGCGCGACAACACUCUUGCACCGUUAAUCUCUUCUACAAAUGAUAAAAUUAUUCCUGAUCAAUAUAUCGUCGUAUUUAACAACAAUGUCACCUCGGAAGAAACGAUUCGUCAUUACGAAAACGUUAAUAGCCUGAUGUUUGAGGAAAUGCGGCUGUUUAAACAAGGGUUGAUAAGUGAACUAAUGUCCGGAAUUAAACACACUUACAACAUGGAUGGUUUUCGCGGUUACGCUGGUAAAUUUCCAGAAUAUGUACUAAAUAAAAUCAGGCAGAGCGAUGACGUUGCAUACGUCGAGAGAGACAAUCAAGUCCACACGACGGUAGUAGUCCAGCCUGAUGCACCAUGGGGCCUGGCUCGCAUAUCUCAUCGUGCACACUUGACCUUGAAAAAUGCGCGACAAUAUGUGUAUGAAGCAACUACCGAUGAGAGUGUCACUGCAUACGUAAUUGAUACAGGCAUCAACAUCAACCAUAUUGACUUUGGUGGUCGUGCCAAAUGGGGAGUUACCAUUCCAGUUGGUGCACCCAACACUGACGACAACGGACAUGGAACUCAUGUUGCUGGUACAAUUGCGGGAAGACAAUACGGCGUUUCCAAGAAAGCUAAAGUUGUCGCUGUCAAGGUUUUAUCCGCAAACGGAGCCGGUCCUACUAGCGAUGUAAUCAAAGGCAUAGAGUGGGCAGUAGACGACCACAAAAAAGCUGUCGACGUGGCCAAACGAGCAGGAAAAGUAUAUAAGGGUUCGGUUAUUAAUAUGAGUUUGGGAGGUGGCAAGAGUAUGGCCUUGGAUACUGCCACAAAUUCGGCCGUUGAUUCUGGAAUACUCGUAGUUGUAGCUGCAGGCAACGAAAUGGCCGAUGCUUGCAACACGUCACCCUCACGAGCGGCAAAAGCAAUCGCUGUCGGCGCUACGACUAUUGAGGAUACACGCUCUUGGUUCUCCAAUUUCGGCUGUUGCGUUGCAAUUUGGGCACCAGGCAGUUUCAUUAAGUCUGCUUGGAUUGGUUCGCUCAAUGCGACAAAUACAAUUUCUGGUACUUCCAUGGCGAGUCCUCAUGUAGCUGGUCUUGCAACUUAUUUCCUCGCUUUGAGCCCAAGUCCAAUGACACCCGCAUCACUACGUGCUAAAUUGCUUGCUGUAGCUACAAAUAACGUCCUCACUGAUCUCAAAACGUGCAGCCCAAAUCGUUUGGCAUACAACGAUGUUGGGUCUUAA